GCAGCAGAGGCGGCUGGCGGAGCCGGUCAGCUGAUCCGCCGGGGGAGGCGGCAGGGCGAGGGAAGGAGCCCCGGGGGCGCCCCCGCCCUCUCCUCUGCCCACCCCCACCCCGGGAAGGGGGCGGCCAGGAGGCAGGGACCGCCGGGAGCCAGGCGUGAAAGCGUCAUGGCGGGCAACAGCCUGGUGCUGCCGAUCGUGCUGUGGGGGCGCAAAGCCCCCACUCACUGUGUCUCUGCGAUUCUAUUAAUGGACGACGUGUCAAUGAUUGUUACUGGCUGCCAUGACGGACAGAUAUGUCUUUGGGACCUUUCGUCAGAUCUGGAAAUCAAUCCCAGAGCUCUGUUGUUUGGGCACACGGCUUCCGUGACUUGUUUGUCUAAAGCCAGCGCUUCCAGUGAGAAACAGUACAUAGUGAGUGCCUCAGAGAGCGGGGAGAUGUCCCUCUGGGAUGUGAAUGACGGACGAUGCAUUGAAUACACCAAAUUAGCCUGCACACACACUGGCAUACAGUUCUACCAGUUUACAGUUGCGACCCAGCGUGAAGGCAGGCUGUUGUGUCACGGUCAUUACCCAGAAAUCCUUGUUGUGGAUGCUACCAGCCUUGAAGUCCUGUAUUCCUUGGUGUCAAAGAUCUCUCCUGAUUGGAUCAGCUCCAUGAGCAUCAUUCGAUCUCACAGAACACAAGAGGACACUGUCGUAGCAGUGUCGAUUACAGGCAUACUGAAGGUGUGGAUAGUAACUUCUGAAUUGAGUCACAUACAGGAUACGGAACCGAUCUUUGAGGAGGAGUCGAAACCGAUUUACUGCCAGAACUGCCAGAGCAUUUCUUUCUGUGCUUUUACCCAACGGUCGCUUUUGGUCGUGUGCUCCAAAUACUGGAGGGUGUUUGAUGCUGGAGAUUAUUCCCUGUUGUGCUCCGUCCCCAGCGAGAAUGGGCAGACCUGGACAGGAGGCGAUUUUGUAUCAGCGGACAAAGUGAUCAUAUGGACAGAAGAUGGUCAAAGCUUUAUAUAUAAACUGCCCGCCAGUUGUUUGCCGGCUAGUGAAACCUUUCGCAGUGAUGUCGGGAAGGUUGUUGAAAAUCUAAACCCGCCUCAGCUCCAUUGUACCGUGGACCGAGCGGCGGUGAAAUCCGAUAAACAGUUAUUAAUCUGCCCUCCCGUUUCUCGGUUCUUCUAUGGCCGCAGGAAGUGUUUCCAUAAACUGCUUAUCCAGGGAGACUCGUCAGGCAGGCUCAGCAUUUGGAGUGUGCCAGAUACGCUUGACCAGCAAGACCUGACAGAAGGAUUAAAAGUAACCACCUCCACUUCGCUGCAAGAAGCUUUCACCAAACUUGUUCCACGCCCUGCUGGAAUUAUCGAUCAGUUGAGCUUCAUGCCCCACAGCGACGAGCCGCUUAAAGUGACAGCCAGCGUUUACAUCCCGGCGCACGGACGCUUGGUUUGCGGUCGUGAAGACGGAAGCAUUGUUAUUGUGCCCGCUACUCAGACCGCUGUUGUUCAACUCUUGCAAGACGAACACAUGCGCAGAAGAGGUUGGCCACCCCACAGAACCCUGCGGGGCCAUCGGAACAAAGUCACGUGUUUGCUGUAUCCUCACCAGGUCUCUUCUCGCUAUGACCAGAGAUACUUGGUCUCAGGUGGCGUAGACUUUUCAGUCAUUAUCUGGGACAUCUUUUCUGGAGAAAUGAAGCACAUCUUCUGUGUGCACGGUGGAGAAAUAACACAGCUACUCGUUCCUCCAGAAAACUGCAGCGUAAGUUGA